GCGCAGAACGUGUCGUACAUCGCCCUCUCUCGGCUCGGCUGGCCAGUCGGCCUCUCCGCCGUCGCCUACCUCUGCUUCUCGGGCCAGGCGCCGCUCGUCAACGGCCUCCUCUCCUGGUGGCCGCUGCAGGUCUUCGGCAAGCUCACCUUCGCCGCCUACAUUGUCCACCCCGUCGUCAUGUACGGCGUCAACUACUCGACCACCGCGCCGAUCGAGUUCUCGGACAUCUGGUUCGCAAAGUCUUUCACGAGCUUCCUCGCCUGGGCCUCGCUGCUCGCCCUCCUCCUCUGGCUGCUCGCCGAGAAGCCAGCCGCCAACCUGCUCGCGCUCGCACUCGGACGGCUCGGCCUCAAGGGCUGA